AUGGCAUCUCAAGAAACAGUACAGUGUCCUGUUUCGUCCACCACAUCAGGUUUGACAUCAAGAAAUAAUGAACAAAGCACACAAGAAGAAAUAGGAUCCAUUGGGGAUCCAGAUUGCUAUAACUCAUUGAACGAUUAUAGCUAUUUAAAUGGUUGGAAAGAUUUAGUGAAUACAUCUUCUAAGGAUUUAUAUGUUACAGAUUUACAAGUCAAUAAACAAUGGCAAGACAUUAAUGGUAAAGGUGUGGAAAAAUGGUUUUUAAAUGAAGCAGUUUAUUGUCCCAUACAGUUUCCAGAACUAUAUAAAACAUUACCUGUACCAUGGAAGGGUAUUUUACUGUUUGGUCCAUCAGGUUCACGUAAAACAACUCUUAUAAAAGCUUUAGCAAAUCAAUGUCAGAAUGCUACAUUUUUUAACGUUUCAUUUACAAACACUGAUAAAUCCUUACGAACAAAAUUAAUACGAACAGUCUUUGAAUUUACGAAAUAUCAUGCAUUUUCAAUUGUAUGUCUUCAUAAAAUCGAACAAUACAUUAGUGCACAACAAGAUGAAAGAGAAAAAUUAAGCGGAGGUGAUAAAAAAUGUGAAUUGUUAAAAAUAAUUGAUGAGAUAUAUGCAACCAAUGAACAUGUAUUUUUAUUUGCCACAUCGAAUUCUCCUUGGAAUAUAGAUCCCGAAAUUUUAUCACGUUUUGAAAAAUAUAUUAGCUGUGAUAAAAUUGGUGAUUAUUCUUCCCAUUUUUAUAAUUCUUUAAAAUACAUUGAAUGGGAGAAAAAAUAUCGUGAAAAAUUUUUAUGA